AUGGUGCAGCACGGUCGUUGCAAUGCGAACGAGUGGAUCUUCGAUUCUGGUACGUCAUCACACAUGUGCCGGGAAAAGGCGAUCCUGAAAGAAGCAAAAGAGGUGAGUGAUAGUGUCGCAGUAGCAAACAGCAUGGAGACGCCUGUAGUUGCCAAGGGCAACGUAACGAUCAAAGUAGACGUAGGCGGAGCAACUGAAAUACUUGACGUUUCGGAGGUACUGUGCAUUCCCGACCUGGCCAUGAAUUUGCUGUCAGUGCACAAGAUUUGCAGCCGUGGCCAUCGUGUGGUAUUCACCAACGACGUGUGUAAAGUCAUCGACCGCAGCGGCCAUGUGGUGGCUGUUGGAGAGCAACAAGGCGGACUUUAUCGGCUUCGCCAAAGUGGAAGAAAUGUUACAUGCAUGACCGCGCCGAAGGAAGAUAUCGGAUGA